UCAGGAUGUCUAAAGCAGCAGAGGAGGAGAAGCCUGGGGCUGACUAUCCAGGGGACAGUUCAGACUCUGACAGAAACAGCCCUAAUGACCAGGUCCAGCCAAUGAAAACAAGCCCCUUCAGCGUCUCUCCCAUACCGGCUGGCAGCAAGGUAAAGAGCGAGCAGAGCUCUGAGAUGACCCAUAGCACCGUUCCUCCUGCAACUCCCUCCCAACAGCUACAACAGCAGCAGCAGCAGCAACAACAACAACAACAACAACAACAACAGCUACAACAACAACAACAACAACAACAACAACAGCUACAACAACAACAGCAGCAGCAGCAGCAGCAACAGCAACAACACCACCACACACAGCUGAUGCUGGCUGGCAGUCAGCUAGCAGGGCUUGCUGCUCUCCUCCCGGCCCAGCAGCAGCUGCUCCUCCAACAGGCCCAGGCUCAGCUCCUGGCAGCCGCCGUUCAGCAGUCGAACGCCGCCCACGCCGCUCAUGCUGCCCACGCCGCCGCCCAGCAUCAAGCCAACCAGCAACACCAGCAGCAGCAGCAGCAGCAGCAGAACCAAUCGCAAUCCCAUCAGCAACAGCAGCAACAUCAAACCAAACAGGAACAAACUGUCCCGCCUCCACCGCAGCUGGCCCUGUCGCAGCCAAUCCAGCUCACAGCCCAGGACAUUCAGCAGCUGUUGCAGCUCCAGCAGCUGGUUUUGAUGCCGGGCCAUCAUCUCCAGUCUCCUGCCCAGUUCCUCCUGUCUCAGCCAGCACAGGCACAGCAGCCACAGCAGGGUUUGCUCUCGACACCAAAUCUGAUUCAGCUACCUCAGCAAACCCCAGGGGGACUACUGACAACCCCACCUCGCCUGGGACUCCAAGCACAGAGGGAGAAGAGCAGCGACGUUGUGGUCGUUGGAAGCGGCGGCGGCUCUGUAGUUGCUACCGGCAGCAGCGGCGGCGGUGUUGUGACGUCUCUAGGAGCCACCUCAGCGUCCAGCAGCGCCAUUGCUUCCUCGCUGACGUCCGGCUUGACUCCCGGAGCUCAUGGGGGUCACAUGGGGGAAGAGCCCAGCGACCUGGAGGAACUGGAGCAGUUUGCCCGUACCUUCAAACAGCGGCGCAUCAAGCUGGGAUUCACCCAGGGAGACGUCGGCGUUGCUAUGGGCAAACUGUAUGGCAACGACUUCAGCCAGACCACCAUCUCUCGAUUUGAAGCCCUCAACCUGAGCUUUAAGAACAUGUGCAAGCUGAAACCACUGCUCGAGAAGUGGCUGAGUGAUGCAGAAACUAUGGCAGUAGACAGCAUGCUGCCCAGCCCGUCUUCUCUCUCCUCCCCCAUGUUAGGCAUCGAGGGUCUAUCCGGCCGACGCAGGAAGAAACGCACCAGCAUCGAGACCAACGUGCGAGUGGCCUUAGAGCGCAACUUCCACAUGAACCAGAAGCCUACCUCGGAGGAGAUCCUGCUCAUGGCGGAGCAGCUCAACAUGGAGAAAGAGGUGAUUCGUGUUUGGUUCUGCAACCGCAGGCAGAAAGAGAAACGCAUCAACCCCUCCAGUAGCACCACCCCUCCCUUGCCCAGCCAGACCUCGCCUGUUGUGACACACAAAGCCCCCUGCUACAGCCCGCACAUGAUAUCGAGUCAGGGUCUGUCCCAGGUCACCACCUGCCUCAGCACAACAGCUGCCAGUUCUUCAGCAUCCUGCCCCAUGACUCCCGUCAGCUCGGCUGCAGUAGGCUCCACCUCUUCCUCUGUGACCCCGCCCCCUCACAGCACAGCUAGCCCCGCCCCUCCCAGCCUCGGGGCCCACGGCCUCAACACCGGGAACACAAUGAUGGGAGUAAGCACAGGGAUGAACCAGGCCCUCAUUGGCAGCAAUCCCCUGGCUACAAUGCAAGCCCUGGCAGCUAGCAGCGGUCAGCUGCCCAUCUCCAGCCUGGAGGGGGGAGCGGCUCACCUGCUUCUGGGUGGACCUGGGGGUCCCGCUGUACCUCCUUCCCUUCGCCCCUCCCUCUUCCUAAACCGCUCCACCCUCCUCCCCAUGGUGACCGGCUCCAUGGCGACAGCCUCCACGCCUGCCAUGGGACUGGUCAGCGGCGGCGGAGGUGGUAUUGGCGGCCCGAGACUCUCCUUUUCCCAGUCUCCGCCCCCUGGUGCAAGCAACCUCAUGAGCCCGACUUCGUGCCCUGAGGAGUCUGCAUCUCCUUGUUCAAGUCCUGCCUCUUUCUGUUCCUUCAGCGAAGCCUCGCCGCCGCCCCUGGGAGGGGCCAUGGCCGAGUGAUUCCUGACUGACAGCCAAAGUAUCCUAUCAGAGGAGGACGAGGAGGAGGAAGAGGAGUUAAAGGAGCUUUAAAAAUCUAAAUUUACAACCUCGCCUUUCAACCAAAGCCAUCUCUCUGUCUGAUCCAUCUCUGAUUUUGUCUCUCUCUUUCUCUGUCUCCCCGCUGAAGUCUUCUGAAGCCAAAAAUAUACACAGAUGGAUGACGGGAGGAAGCAAAGAGAGAAAGAGGAUGGGGAGGAUAGAGAGAACAGCAGAACGGAAGGGGGGAAAUUUGAAACCAAAUAAUGAUCUACAGCUGGAGAGGUGGCGUGGAGGAGUGUUUUUGCUUGGCGUCGGGAAACGAACAGCAUGCUUUUUAUCGGCUGGAAAAGAAAUAAACUCGCUGAGGGCAGGGACGAGAAGUGAAACUGUGUGUGAGAAACGGGAGGCAAAAAAAAAAAAAAAGACUUGUCUAACAAGCUUGGAAGGUCAUGUGGUUGCAACCAAAUUUUGAAAAAAGGAAAAGAUGCGAGAAGAGAAACACACACUUUCAAAGAUAAAAACCAAAAUCUCCAAAUACCAAAAACUGAAAACCAAAAAAGACAACAACAAAAAAACAACAAACGGAGAGAAAAGCUUUAGUUCAAAAAGACUUUUGCAUUCUGAUCAAUCCAGGAUCAGUUCAGUACUCCAUUCUGCUUCACGCCAAACAUUUUCCAUUUCACUCAGGAUUUCCUUUAUUCUCAUUUUCAGUUUUAUCUAUUUUUUUAUUAUUAUUUUGUAUUCAUAUCUUUUUAUGGUAUUUCUUGCCAAAUACAUUUGUUUGAUGUUUUACAGCUGAUCCCACAUGCAUGAUAUCUACCUACCUCUCUCUUUACAGCUUUACAGUGACGAACAUACCUUACAUUAGAACAGACAGUGUUUGUUUUCACCAGCCUGGAGUGGCAGACGGGUGGGGUUUACUACUAUAAUUACUAUAGCAUCAGGUAAGAUGCCAAUCCAUACAUACUGUGCUAUAAAAAAUAACUUUUCUGUGAAUGCCUGUGCUUUCUGGUAUUCAUUAAAUCCUAAUAUGUGGCCAAACUCACCCUUCUGGCACGUAAAUAGGAUCAAACUAACCAUAUAUGUUGGGAAAUCUCAUUUGAU